AUGGGGAUUAUAAAAGAUGGUUCAGUAUCAGGAAUAUUACCCACUAACAAGGUCUUUGUUGUACAUUACCCUGCUUACACUUCUUCAAUGGAACGCGCUGUUGAGACUCUUGGCGGCAUUCAAGGCAUUGUCAAGGCUCGUACUUCACAGUCAAAUAAGUUGGAGCUCUAUUUCCGUCCAGAAGAUCCUUAUUCACACCCUGCCUUCGGGGAGCUUAAGCAUAGCAAUAAUUUCUUGCUGAAAAUUUCCAAGACUAAAGUAAGGGAUGUCGAUAGUAGUUGUGGGAUAUCGAGACAAUCUUCAAUAAGUCCUGUUAACUGGGAACAAGAAAAUUCACAUUCAUUAACUGCACAAAAGGUGAAUGAGUCUAGAUGUUUGAUGACAACUACUAAUUUCCAGGAGCAUCUCUCGGCUAAUAUUGUUUCUCAUGUUGCUGAAGCUUAUCAUUUUAAUGGAAUGGUAGACUAUCAGCAUGUUCUUGCUGUUCAUGCUGAUGUUGCAAGAAGAAAAAAGAGACAGUGGGCAGAUGUGGAACCUAAAUUUGAGAAGGGAGGUCUUAUGGAUGUCGAUCAGGAGGAUUUGAUGAUUUUACUACCUCAUCUGUUCUCCUUAAAAGAUAUGCCUGUAAAUAUUGUAUUAAAAUGUUGUGCAAGUUUGAGCUCGAAAAAAAAACAGGACGAACUUGACUGGCAAAAUUGGGAGAGGGAGAUGGAGAUGGAGCGGAAUCUUGGCAUUGAUUUUAAUAUCAAAGAGGUUCCUAAACCUGUGGAUUGGGAAAAGAUCAUACUUCAGGGCUCAGAUGAUUGGAGAUGGCAGAAAGUGGUAUAUGAGCUGUUUGAAGAGCGUCAAAUAUGGGCCAAAGAGUCAUUACCUGAGCGCUUGCGUGAUGGGGGUCUGGAGGUUGGAGAGAGCAAGCUCAAAAAGCUUCUUGUUAGAGUUGCAUAUUACUUUUUGAAUGGGCCUUUCCGUAGAUUUUGGAUAAAAAAAGGGUAUGAUCCUCGGAAGGAUCCUGAAUCUCGCGUAUACCAGAAUAUUGAUUUCCGAGUACACAACCCUAAAUUACGAAGCUACUGUGAGAGCCAAUUAUCAUCUGGAUUGAAACAUAGAUGGGAUGAUAUAUGUGCCUUCCGAGUUUUUCCGUAUAAAUGUCAGAUGUCAUUGCAGCUUUGUGAACUCAAGGACGACUACAUUCAACAAGAAAUCAGGAAACCCUCAAAUCAAGAAACUUGCGAUAGUACAACAGGAUGGUUCUCCUCUCAUAUACUUGAUUGCUUGAGGUUGUGCAUUGCUGUGAGAUUUAUGUCAGUAUGCCCUCAUCCUGAUGCAGACUCUUUACUAAAAUCUUUCUCUGCCCGCUUUGAAAAGGCAAAGAGGAUUUGCAAUUAUGUGAAAGUUGCAAGACCUGAAGAGCAAGAGAAAGUCAAUAAAGAAGCGGAAAACAAUGAAGUCGAUGAACAAGCAGAAAAUUAUGAAAUUGAUGAACUUGAUGAUUCAGAAGAUGAUGAAGAUGAGUUUGAGGAUGAUGAU